AUGCAUAUGACAUCCUAUAGAAGACUGUCACCGCCCCACCUCACUGAUCAACUCUCUGGCUACAGCCACACCCACAGAACGUUCAGCCAUUUCUCCUGUGGUUCCCAGCGCGCACAGCGUCUGCACAUGGGACUCUGGAAUACUGACCUACAGUCUGAGUUCCCGUGCCCUUGCCUGGGGCUGACUCUCUACUUGACCUGUAACCCACAACUGGGCAAGAGAAAAUUCUGCAGCCACAGCUCUGAGGACAUGAGCAAAAUGGUUUCCAGAUGGAAUGUCAAGGAUUCACAUGAAGUGGCAGGGGGUCUUCAGGCCACACUUCAGGUUAUCUCCUUCUCUUUCCCUUUUCUGCUUCACUCUUGCUCUCAUCCUUCUCGCCCCACAUCUGGUCAGAGGAGAUAGGAAGGUUCUUGUUACCUGGUACAAGACAACUUUUGGAAUCCCAGAUAUUCAGAUUAUUUCCCCUUUUCCUCUUUGCAAAUGAUAAUACUCACAGCCAAGAGGCAUCACCCGGAUCUGAGGCUGCUUCUCCUUAGGACUUGCAGAGAGAAGGAGAAGGUGGGGCUGGCAGCCUCCAGUCCACAGCCUUCCUUUCUCCUCCUGGCAAUGAUUAACUAGGCCUAGACAAUGGAGAUCUAUGGCAUAUGCCCAUGUGCCAGGGCCUCCUCCUCUCAAGCAUGGCUGAUCAGUCACUCGCCUGUCUAUCCUUUAUUUAUUGAAGCCAACUAUGAAUGACUAAAGGAAGGAUGAGAAAAGUCACCCAAGGUCAAAGGGGACAGUGUAGGAGAAUGCUCUAGACAGAAGGAAGCACCUUUGCAAAGGCCCUGAGGAAGGCAGGGCACUCUGAAGGAGCAGAAGAGCUGUGUGGCCUCAAAAU